AUGUUAACUGCACUGUUCCACAGAGCGCCCAAGUUGACCAACUUAUUCUAUCAAGCUAGUUCGACAAGAUUCGCUCGGAGCAUGGCCACUUGUCUGGUUGAGGAGGACAACUACAGCUUUUUGAAAGAUCUCGGCCUGAAACGCGUUAAUAACGGCGUGUACAAUGGAGAAUGGGCUUCCGGUAAGGCAGGCACCGUGCAAUCGAUCGACCCGGCCAGCGGUCGUGUAAUAGCGGAAGUAACGACCGGCUCGGUGCAAGAUCUGGAACGUUGCCUGAGUGCCGGUGUAGCUGCGUAUCAGGAAUGGAAAAAAUUGCCCGCCCCUUUCCGAGGUGAGAUAGUGCGCCAGAUCGGCGACGAGCUUCGGAAGUUUCGAGAACCGCUCGGCAAACUGGUCGCACUGGAGAUGGGUAAAAUACUUCCGGAAGGUGUCGGUGAGGUGCAGGAGUUUAUCGAUAUAUGCGAUUACGCCGUCGGACUAUCGCGCAUGGUCGGAGGAGCAAUAUUUCCUUCCGAACGGCACCAGCACACAAUAUUGGAGAAGUGGAAUCCACUCGGUUUGGUCGGCGUGAUAUCGGCGUUCAAUUUCCCAUGCGCAGUGUUUGGCUGGAAUGCGGCCAUUGCACUUACCAUCGGCAACACGGUACUGUGGAAAGGUGCCCCGAGCACGUCGCUGGUGAGCAUAGCUACGACGAAAAUCGUGUCAGACGUUAUCAAGCGCAACAAUCUGCCGCCAGUGGUGACCCUUUGCCAGGGAGGAGACGACAUCGGCAAACAGAUGGUGAAGGAUGAGCGCGUAAAGCUGAUGUCGUUCACUGGUAGUACUGCGGUGGGCCGAAUGGUCGGCGUCGAGAUGCAGCGCCGGUUUGGACGGUGCCUGCUGGAACUGGGCGGCAAUAAUGCACUCAUCAUCAACGAGGACGCACCACAGGAAAUGGCACUUGAUGCGGCAUAUUUCGGUUGCAUCGGAACCGCCGGCCAACGUUGCACAACGACGAGACGCUUGAUCAUACACGAAAAGCUGUAUGACGGGUUCUUGCAGAAACUUGUCAAACGCUACUCCAAUCUGAUGCAACGUGUCGGGCAUCCGUUGGAUCAAGCCACGCUAUACGGACCGGUACACAAUCAGCAGGCGGUAGAGAAUUACAAGCAAACGAUUCAGGAGGCCGUUUCAUUGGGUGGUAAAAUUGAGUGCGGAGGAAAAAUUAUCCAACGGCCUGGAUUUUUUGUCGAACCCACGAUCAUUUCCAACCUGCCACAUGAUGCACCGGUAGUCAAACGGGAAACGUUCGCACCGAUUGUAUAUGUGUUUAGGGCAAAGAAUUUAACCGAAGCAAUCAGCUGGAACAAUGAGGUGGACCAAGGACUUUCGUCCGCCCUAUUCACCAACAAUAUUCAGUCAGCCUUUCAGUGGAUAGGCGAGAAUGGAUCGGACUGUGGUAUUGUGAACAUUAACACUUCGCCCUCCGGUGCAGAAAUUGGAGGAGCUUUUGGUGGCGAAAAGCAUACUGGCGGUGGGCGCGAAUCUGGUUCCGAUGCAUGGAAACAGUAUGCCCGUCGGUCAACCAUUACGGUGAACCAUUCGACUGAUUUACCACUGGCGCAGGGAAUUGUUUUUGAAUAG